UUCACUGUCAACAGUACAAUCUAAAAUGCAUUAAGCAAAGUUAGUGUGAUAAAAUGUACGUGAAUAAAGCUGUCAGUACAACAUUUGUGUUGCUGUGGAUAACGCAGACUCAAGAAACUAGACUGGAUUCUUCACCCGCCUUUAGUGUGACUCCAAGCUCUUCAGCUUCAACAAAACCACUGGAUUAUUUUGAUGAAGAGAAGUUCAUCAGCAUUAAGCUGGGUGAGGAGAUUAAUCUGAGCUGCACAAAUCGCACAUGGAGCACAAUGCUGUUUGAUACCUGGGAGUUAAAGAACACAGACAAAACGUGCAGAAUUGCACACAGCAAUAGCGAUCCUGCUGUCAAUACUUGUAAUGAUGGAAGAACCAUUACCAAUACAACUGAAGGAAGAUCACAGCUGUACAUACCCUCAUUUAAAUAUACAUAUGAAGGGAUUUACACAUGUGAGACAGCUUUCCAACGUGGGAGCCACAAAAUAUUGUUUAAACUAUCUGCCAUAGUUCAACCAGAGAUAAGUGGAAGAAUUGAAUAUUCUACCACUGACAAUCAUUACGUGGCUGUGUGUGAAGCUUCCAAUGGGAAACCAAAUGCAAGCAUAUCAUGGUCAUCAGAUGAAAAUGUAACCGAAAAGGUCACUUACAACCGGAAUCGUACCUUUACAGUGGAAAGCAGGCGUAUCAUACCUUACAGUACAUCUAUGGGGAAUGUCACCUGCAUAGUCAGUCAUCCAUAUUGGAAUGAAUCACAAACUUACACUAUUCCCUACAUAAGAGGCACAGAGCCAGGUUCAUCAAAGGAGUCGCAAUGGAUUGUACUUUUUGCCCUCAUAGGGUUUUUUCUAAUAUAUAUUGUUUGCAUCAUUGUAUUUCUCUUAAAAUUCAAAUCAAGUUGACCCCAAGUAGGUAUCUAUAUUACAUUAUUUUGUGUUUUGUGUGCAUUAAUAAAG